AUGGUCGGCAGCAAUUUGUUCGCAUGCGUGAGAGAUACGAGAGAAGGCAUCCGUGACCCCACAGGCUCCAGGCACCAAGCUCGAUCGAGAGCGGGGCCAGUCGGCCCUUAUCCCGUAUGGUCCCUAUCAAGAAUUCGGGCACCGGUUCCUAUCGACCUUCCACGUCGCAACUCUGGUGGUUUCGAUUGGUACGGGGGGCAAGACGACGAUGCCAAUGCCAUCACAGACCAACGAGCCUCGGACAGACGUUGGAGGUGGAAAAGAGGGCCUACGGAGAGUGCUCAUCCUGUCCGUCCCUCCAGCUACUCUCUUGAUUCGACAAUCGUCGCCGUUAGCAUGGAAAAAGCUGGUCAGACGUCAUCGCUGCGGAGCGCGGAUACCUUCGGCUCUGAUGAUGAACGUAGCGGCUCGAACGAGAGUGGGCCCAUUGAGGACAGUCUCUCCUUCCCGCAUUCCAGUAUCCUGAUACCAUCAGCGGUGGUGGUCGUAGACCGUCAAGGCGAUGCUGGCCCGUUGACAGCUCGGGAGUGUGCCAGUCACUUUCAGAGUGUCUCACUCAAGCGCCGUCACGGAAGCCAUGGAAGGCAGAACGGAGCAGGUCUAAUUGAGGAUGACCUACCUCGUCGCCGCAUCGGACUUGCCGCAGCGCCGAAGAUUUUGGAUGAUGCCGUCCACAAACAGGUGAUCGACGAGAAAGAAGCUGACCUGGAGUCUGAUGAAGACGUGCAAGGAGGUCCGAGGCGCCGUCGGGGUCGUAGGCCGGGAGAACCCACAGAAGAAGAUUUUCCGCUCCGCCGCUCGAGUGUCUGGUCUGUUUCAGGUUUUUCGGUAGACCACGUCAACAAUACUGACGUGCAGUCUAUGCCAGAACAUGACAAUGACCUAGAGUAUUUUUCCAAUGCACACGGUCCACGGAACCGUCAAUCACGUGCACGGCAGGGACCCGUGGAGGACAGCUUGCCCCGACGACGCUUUUGUUCCUCCUCUAUUCCGAUGACAUCGGUAGACAACUCUUCCAUUGAAGCCGACCGGCAGCCUCUGCCACAGCAUGGGAACGACCUGGAAGCUGUUGUCGAGGAGGAUGGUUCGCAGCAUGGUUGGGGUCAUCGACGGGGAGGACUUCUUGAGGACGAUCUGCCACGCCGCCGUUCCGGUUACUCCGCCACAUCCACAUCAGGGUUUGCACAACAUCUUGAGCGCAAGGAGUGA